AUGCUCAAGUGCAUCCUGUUGCACUCUAAGUACCUACCCACGUUCCGCGGUGCUUCCCUCCACUGCCACCACUGGCGUGGCAAAGCCUUGGAAAUACUUCCUGCUGGCUAA